GCUACAACCGAAUUAUUGCUUUAAAUUUUGCAAGUAAUUGGUCUUAAAUUUACAAUAAUGAAUAAUGAAGCAUCGAAAAGGAGGCGCCAUAGGCGCACCGAAUCACUCGAGGAUGUGUUGUCAAAUCUGCGCAUUCGUAACAGAAAGGCCUGGUUCGAUCAUAUAAAAAAGAUAAGAUCGCCGCAUUUAAAACAUUUGCUGGCCAAAAAAUCGGAUAAAAAAUUAAAGAAAGCUUCGAAAUCUUCAGAUAAGGAAAAAAGAAAUAUGGAGAAAGUGGAACGUUCUUUAAAGAAAAUGAUGCAGCAGGAGUUACAAAAAAAAUUGAUUUCCAUAAAGAAUAGUUGGAUUUCCUUAGGACAAGUCUUCUCACUACUUUUCGACCAAGGACCUAUUGAGCAAAUCGGCAGCCUGGUAUUCAUUUUAACUAAAUCUCUGAUGGCAGGCAUCAAGUGUUUUCCGUCUAAAACCAAAAUGGAAGAUUUCGCCGAGCAUUACAGCUACUGAACCUGCACUUUCUAUUGGAAAUCAGACGUAUAUAUAGCGUUGUCUAUGUAUUUGUUUGUAUUUUGUCGUAGCUUGCUAUGUUUGUUAAA